AUGCACCGCAGAAUAGACUCAGCCAUUCGUCUGGUCAGGAAGAUGGCGGCCUCUGGGGCCGAGCCGCAGAUCUUGGUACAAUACUUGGUGUUACGAAAAGACCUAUCGCAGGCUCCGUUCUCCUGGCCAGCGGGCGCGUUGGUAGCACAGGCCUGUCACGCAGCCACUGCGGCCUUGCAUCUUCACCGCGACCACCCGCACACCGUAGCUUACCUCCGGGAACUGGGGCGCAUGCGCAAAGUGGUCCUCGAGGCCCCAGAUGAGACCACCCUAAAGGAGCUGGCUGACACCCUGCAACAGAAGAACAUCGACCACACGCUGUGGCUUGAGCAGCCGGAGAAUAUUGCCACUUGCAUUGCACUCCGGCCGUACCCCAAGGAAGAAGUGAGCCAGCUUCUGAGGAAGUUCCGAUUGUUCAAAUGACGGCUGCUUUGGUAUAGGUGACUUCCCAAAAUCGGACUGCCAUCACCCCUAAGCUUCAUGUACCCCUUUCAGGGUCGACUGGUCUUCCCUUCCAGUUUUGGUAUUGAGAGUCAAACUGAAAUGAUCAAAUUAAAGUUGUUACUAGUCAGUACUUACUAUUAGUCAUAGUAGUAUUAGUAUUAAGUUCAAGUGAGGGAAGUAGGUGAGUAGCAGUGGGUCACUGCCCAAACUGAAGAUUGGGUUUGACUCGGUGUGGGGCUCCAGGGAACUCAUAUUUCUUUUCUGUUAUCCUGGUUUAAAACUUAGCCUUUGAAUUCCUUAUUUCUUAUUCAUAUACCACUGUCAUAGCUCAUGGAGUCUUAGACAAGCAUUAUCUAAGAUACGGCAUUGUUUUAUGUAUCAUCAGGGGAAAGUGCUACCGAUUACACUAAGACAUGCAAUUGACCAAAACAUGCAUUUCAAAAUCAAAGAUGUUUAAAAAUUAUGUACUUUUUGAGGAUGAGAUUUGUAAAGUACAGCUGUUUUUUGUUUUGUUGUUUUGUAACUCAUGUGCUUCCUCCCCGAGUCAGGGUGCAUUUGGCUUCUCAGGGCAGCCCUCUGCUCUGCUUACCCUCCCUGCAGUGAGUCCUGGCCUAGUGCCCAGAUGGCCCGCCACCAGGUGUCCAGUCAGUAGGAGCUACAAGCAUCCUGUGCGGUGUAGGUUAUUACUCACCCAUGGUGCAAAGCCGGAACUCCUUCCCAGGCCUCAUCUAUA